AUGUCUACACCUUCGAUAGCGACCACCCUCUUGCCUGCCCACCACGGUCAAUAUGGUUAUGCUCACAUAAACCCAUACUCGCCAACAACCCGCACCUACCCCGCUACCAACAUUGUACCUCCGCCUCCACGCCUGAACACUUCUUAUCAGAGUUACGCCAGCACCUCCCAGUACCCACAACCCCAACAGUCACCUGCGAUAUCGUACAGAGGGCCGUCUCACAUCUCCACUAUGGCUCCCUCUCAAUCGACUUCAGUCUUUCCUGACCCUCUGAGAAGACAGCCGGACUGGAAUGAGUUCUAUAAAAACGGAGUUCCCAAAGAAAUCAUCGUGAUUGAUGACGACAGUCCAGAGCCUGAUACACUGACGACCCGGCCACAAGGACACGAUACGAACGGCUAUCAAACAAAUACUGGUCGGAAACGAAAAGUCGAUCAAGGUUACAACGUCGAGUACACUGAUAGUCCGACGUACUCAACACACCCGGCAAAGUUUGCGUCAUCGUCGGCCUCAUACCACUCGGGUGAUCGGACCACUUCCCUUCAGACAGUGACGGCUCCAACAUCCCUCGAGUCGUAUGGUAGCAACACGGCCAGCAACAGUUAUGAAGAUGUCAGGGUGGGACAAAAGCGAAAGAGAGCGCAGCCGCAGAAAGAGACGCGAGCACAAGCGAAGCGAAAACAGCAAGAGUCUGUGCCAGAUGCGUUCCUCGACUAUGUCCCGCCACCAAAACCUCUGAAAAAGGCUGCCGAUGUCCACGUCCCGGUGAUGCGAGAUGCAGAGAAGCACAAGAAUUUAAAAGUAGACGACGAGGACGGGCACUACAUUGUGACGCCUGGCACAAAACUAGCAGAGCGAUAUGAAAUCGUCAAACUCCUUGGACAAGGCACCUUCGGUAAAGUCGUCGAAGCAUACGAUUCCAAAAAGAAAUCCAAAUGUGCCGUCAAGAUCAUUCGAUCAGUGCAAAAGUAUCGCGAUGCCUCUCGGAUUGAGCUGCGCGUCCUGUCUACGCUUGCGCUCAACGACAAGAACAACCGGAACAAGUGCAUCCACCUGCGGGACUCUUUCGACUUCCGAAACCACAUCUGCAUAGUGACAGACCUGCUCGGACAAAGUGUCUUUGAUUUUCUCAAAGGGAACGGCUUUGUGCCGUUUCCCAGCUCCCAGAUUCAGAACUUUGCCCGACAGCUGUUCACCAGCGUCGCCUUUCUCCAUGAUCUGAACCUUAUCCAUACCGAUCUCAAGCCGGAAAAUAUCCUUCUCGUCCACAAUACUUACCAGACGUUCACCUACAACCGUACAAUACCGUCAUCCUCUCAUACCACGUCACGGACAGCUCGGCAACGAAGGGUGCUUUUGGACAGUGAGAUCCGCCUGAUAGAUUUCGGGUCAGCCACUUUCGACGACGAAUACCAUUCCUCAGUCGUCUCAACAAGACAUUACCGAGCGCCUGAGAUCAUCCUACAGCUUGGGUGGAGUUUCCCCUGUGACAUUUGGAGCAUUGGAUGCAUACUAGUCGAGUUCUUCACAGGUGAUGCACUGUUCCAGACUCACGACAACCUUGAGCACCUCGCAAUGAUGGAGGCGGUCUGCAGUAGCAAAAUCGACGCCAAGCUUGUCAAGCAAGUGUGUUCGGGAGGUCGCGGUGCCAACGCCAACUCUGCUGCAAAAUUCUUCAACCGAGGCAAACUGGAAUAUCCCAACCAGGAAACGUCCAAGGCAUCCAGGAAAUACGUCAAGGCAAUGAAGCAUCUUCACGAAUUCAUUCCAGCCAAUACGCCGUUCAACAGGCAGUUACUCGACCUUUUACGGAAGAUCUUCGUCUAUGAUCCGAAGAACAGAAUCACUGCCAAGGAAGCACUCAAACAUCCCUGGUUCAAGGAGACGUUGGUUGACGACGGCACGGAAGCCAUUCGAAUACGUGAAGAGCGUGCCGCUCAGGGCAUGGGGGUUCCCAGCACGAAACGCCCGAGAGUGGAGCAAUAA